AUGGGCAAGUACUUUGUGACCGUUCUGUGGCUACUUCCGGUGCUGGCCGCGGCGCUGCCGGCCAAUGACAAGCCCGGAAGCGAGAACGACCUGAUGGCGACCAUCUACAGCGACUGUCUCAAGAAGGAGUCCAUCAACUGCAUCAAAUACAAAGUAUUCUCGUACGUGGACAAGAUGCUGGCCGAUAAGGAGGAUAUCACGCUCACGGACGGCAUUACCGUGGUCAAGACGUCCAACGCUGAGGAAGGUGCACCUAGAUCGAUCGAAUCCAGCGACUUGGAUACGCUACUGUUCGACCGUCUAGGCAGAUUCCUAAGGACGCACACUGUCAAAGUUGACCUCAAAGGCACCGACAUCCUCGGUGCCAUCGAGUCUGCUGGACGAAGCUUCGAGGACUUCACUGACAACGCCGUGGAGAGUCGCGGCAAGAAGAAGAAGGCGCAGAAGAUUUUAGGCCCGCUGAUGAUGGCCCUGGCCCUGAAGGCUGCAGCCCUGUUACCCUUGGCCCUCGGCGCGAUCGCCGCCAUUGCUGGUAAAGCUUUACUCGUAGGCAAGAUUGCUCUGGUGAUCUCGGCCAUCAUCGGUCUGAAGAAAUUGCUCAGCUCGAGCGGAAAACACGUGACGUACGAGGUGGUCUCGCAUCCUCACCACAGCAGCAGCCACAUCGUUAGCCACGACGAGGGGCACGGUGGCUACGGUGGCGGCGGCGCCGACUAUGGCGGCGGCGGCUAUUCCGGUGGCAGUGGCCACGGUUGGGCAAGGAGUUUGCCUCAAGACGGCCACGAGCUGGCCUACCGAGCUCAUCAACCUCAACCGCAAGCAUGA